CCCCUCCACUUUGUAAACCUAUCAAAAGCUAUUUGUUUUUCCACUUUCAGUCAUCCUCUAUCUUUCUUAGAAAAAACACCACCAAAGUGCCUUAAUUUUCCACAAAAAAAUAUUUUUAUUUCCGGUAUUCUUAAUUUAUGAAUAUAAUUACUAAGAAAAAAGUUAAGGAAAUAUUUUAUGUAUUGUUUCCAAACUCUCGUCCGGUAGAAGUGGGAUUCGUGACAACUGUAAAAGUUUUCAAGUUUUUGAAAAAUAAGAAAAAACAAAGUAACAUGCGGUUUCCGGCCAAGUUGGCUAUAGGCAGUGGUUGUGCCAUGGUUUUUAUCAUAUUCGUUGGAUUCAUCAUGUUUCCUAAAAUGAUCAAAGGAAAAAUAAAAGAUAUGGUGAACUUGAAGCCAGGCAACGAUUUGAGGGAUAUGUUCGUCAAAGUCCCAUUUGGUCUCAGCUUUAAGGUUUAUGUUUUUACUGUGUUGAAUCCAGAAGAAAUUGAAAAUGGGGGAAUGCCACGAGUUAAGGAAGUGGGACCUUUCUGUUACGAGGAGUGGAAAUCAAAAAUAAACUUAGAGGAUAACGAGGCAGAAGACUCGAUGAGCUACGAUCCAGUUGAUACAUUUUACAAAGCAGAUGGGCCCGAUUGUGUUGAUGACAAUACCGAACUUACCAUAGCCCAUCCUAUGAUACUGGGUAUGGUAAAUGCUGUGUCCAGAUUAAAACCAGGAGCAUUAACCUUAACUAACAAGGCCAUUAAAUCAAUUUGGUCGAAUCCAACAUCGAUUUUUGUCACGGUUAAGGCAAAGGAUUUGUUGUUUGAUGGCAUUGUUAUCAAUUGCGGAGUUAGUGAUUUCGCCGGUAAAGCUGUUUGCACGAACUUGAAGAGCGAACCAUCUUUAAAGAUGGUAAAUGAGAAUGACGUGGCAUUUUCUCUGAUAGGAGCAAAAAAUGCUACGCCUGGUAAACGAAUUAAGGCAUACAGAGGUGUGAAAAACUACCAAGACGUCGGUAGAAUCAUAACUUUCGAUGGCCAACCAAAACAAGCGAUUUGGAAUGUAUCAGAAUGUGACAAAAUCGGUGGUACUGACGGUACGAUCUUUCCACCUUUGAUGACAAAAGAACAGGGUUUAGCAUCAUUUGCACCAGAUCUAUGUAGAUCUUUAGUUGCAAAAUUUGUACAGAAAGAAAAAUAUAACGGAAUACCUGUAGGAUUAUACAGUGCGGGCCUAGGAGACCAGUCCAAAAAUGCAGAUGAAAAGUGUUUUUGUACAACACCAGAAACUUGUAUGAAAAAAGGGAUGAUGGAUCUAUUUAAGUGUGUCAGACUACCAUUAUACGUGUCACUUCCCCAUUUUUAUGACUGUCACGAGAGCUAUCUUCGUGGAGUGAAAGGUCUAAGGCCAGAUCCAGAAAAACACUCCAUCAAAAUUUUAUUUGAAACAACUACUGGUAGUCCACUCUGGGCUAGAAAAAGACUACAAUUCAACAUGCCCUUGGAACCAUACGAAAAAGUGGAUUUAUUCAAAAAUUUUACACCGACAGUUUUGCCAAUGUUUUGGGUUGAAGAGGGUGUUGACUUGAAUCGCACAUUAACCAAACCAAUCAAAGACUUGUUCACUAUAAAGAAAGUAGUUAAGGUGGCAAAUUAUUUGGUUCUUCUUAUAUCAAUUGCAGGUUUAGCUGGUGCAGGUUACCUCAAUUUCAAAGAUGGACAAUCUGUUAAUAUUACUAAUAUUAAAGACACUAGAGUCUCGCCACGUCCAGCAAAUAUAGUCAACACGCUCCAUAAUGGAUAUAAUAAUGGUACAGACAACGGACAUAUUUUUUUCCAAAGAGUAAAUGAAUCAGGAAUAAUGCCUUCCUCUAAAAAGCUCGGGAUUAUAGCUGCAGCAUGUUUCUUGUGUAGUGUUUUGAUGCAAUUCUGGCUGUUUGACGUUAUCCUAAGAAUAGGAAUAAGGGACCAAACUUCACUGAAAAAGAGGAAUGAAUUACGCAAAAUAUAUUUAAAAAUUCCUUUUCCGCUGGAUUUCAAUGUUUAUUUUUUCAAUGUGACCAAUCCUGAAGAGGUGCAACUAGGAGACGCACCAGUAGUAAAGGAAAUAGGGCCAUUUUCUUAUGAUGAGUAUGUAGAAAAAGUCGAUGUAGUAGACAACUCCGCUGAAGAUAGCCUGACUUACACACCAUACUCUACUUUCUAUUUUAACGCCAAAAAAUCGAAAGGUCUAUCAGGAGAUGACACUGUGACAAUCAUACACCCUAUUAUGGUGGGCAUGGUAAACCUAGUCCUAAGAGACAGUCCAGUUUAUCUUUCCAUUGUUAAUAAGUCUCUAAUAGAAUUGUUUGACAAUCCCCAGACAAUCUUUCUAACUGCCAAAGUAAAAGAUAUACUAUUCGAUGGAAUAGAAAUUAAUUGUGACACCAAAGACUUUUCUACCAACGCCGUUUGUAGCCAAAUUAAAGGCAACGUUCCUGGAUUAAAAGUGAAACCUGGGGAAGAAAAAGUAUAUUUAUUUUCAUUAUUAGGACCAAGAAACGCUACGAAAACCCAAAGAGUUAAAGUCUUAAGAGGCAUUUCCCAUUUGAGUGAUCUUGGUCGCGUUCUCGAAGUGGAUGGUAAGAAAGAACUGAACGUUUGGAGUAAACCAGAGUGUAAUCGUUUUAAUGGUACGGAUGGAUGGAUUUUUCCACCACUAAUGAGAGAAGAAGAUACCAUUAGUGCAUUUUCAGCUGAUCUAUGCCGGAACGUCAAGAUGCAUUUUGUCAACUACACGACGAUGAAAGGUCUCAGAGUUCGUCUCUACGAGAGCGAACUGGGAGAUCAGACUAACAAUGAAGACGAGAAAUGCUAUUGUCGGACUCCAACGAACUGUCUGAAAAAGGGUGCCUUCGACUUAAGCAAGUGCAUGGGUGUGCCCAUCAUUGCUACCGCACCUCAUUUUUAUAAAACUGACGAGAGUUACUCCAGAAACGUUAAAGGGGUGCAUCCAGAUGAAGAGAAGCAUUCAUUGAAGGGAUAUUUUGAACCGAUGACUACUUGUCCAAUAUUGGCCUACAAAAGGUUGCAGUUUAAUUUUGACAUACAGCAAACGAAAAAAGUAUCUCAGUUUGUCAAUUUAACCAAUGUAAUGUUUCCAUUGUUAUGGAUUGAAGAGGGUGUUGAUCUAGAAGGACCUAUACUCAAGAAGAUUCAAGGAAUACUUCUAAUGCAAAAGAUAGGUCAUUAUGCAACCAUCGUAUGUGCAGUUGCAUCGUUUGUACUAAUGCUAGUAUCAUUAUACUAUUAUCAGAAAAAUCAAACCACAGUCAAGAUAGCGUCUGCCAAUGACACUAAACCGCAAACAAAAAAUGAUAGCAUAAAUUUAGAAAACCAAAAUAAUUUUGAAAAAAAAGUAAUGAGUGGACAUGAAUUUGAUAGAUACUAAGACCAAAAAAAAUAACAAAUCUUAUGAAUAUUAUAUGGGCCGGUUAGAGUCUCUCAUAAUUUGCGCAAACUGGUUUCAAACGCAAUAAAAACUGCACCUAAUAAAAUAAAUUACUUAAAUACUCUAUGUUUUUGAGAAUUUUUUUUUUAUUUUUGUACGAAAAAAACUACCUGUCAAAAAAAUGUGUAUAGCUUAAAAGUCAAAUUUAGUGGUUACCACAGCCACUGCGUCAUAAAAAGAAGGCAUGAGUCU